GUCGUAUUUGCGCUCAGAACAAACACAUCAAACCAAAGACACGAACAAGUAGAAACAGAAAAGCUUUCGUCUCCGACCCAACAACCAACAUCAUCAGAGCUCUACAAUAUUCAACUCCACAGGCUCAUCAUCAACUCACACGGUUCCGCAGUUCUAUUGAGUUAGAGCAACUACUGCAGCCUCACCUUCAUCAAGUUCAAGUCACUCUCUACAGCAGAAUCUGAUCCCAAAGAUGGAGGAGGCUAUCAAUAUAGAAGUUUUCAAUUCCUGAGCUGAUGAGCCAAAGAAGUCACUGGAAUUGAGACCCAGAAGGAGUUUAAUUAAUAUCAACCGUGGGAAUCUGAUGCCCUUUGACCAUCAUCACCAAAUCCCCCUUCACUACAUCCUUCAGGAAAGACUUGCUGCUUAGUUCUCGUUUCUGAUUUCAAUUGGCAUUCUGAAUUGUCAUGAUUAAACACCAACUGAACUUCAAAGCCCUCCAAAGAAUAAAGAGUUCUAGAGAGUUCGGGCCCGAGCGUUGUUCCCCAACAAAGAAAAAGAAGAGCAUAGAAGUAAUGGCACCCAGAGUUAGGUUGCAAGGUGUUGAUGAUAAAAUGCAGAAGCUUCUGGAUGCUAACAUGGAUGAAGCUCCGGCCAGAAGGAGAGCUCGUGAAGCUUUCAAGGACAUUCAGCUUAGAAUUGAUCAUAUAUUAUUCAAGACACCAACUGAUGGACUGAAGAUGAAAGAGUCAUACGAAGUGAACUCCAGGGGGCUGGAGAUCUUCUCCAAGAGUUGGCUUCCAGAACCAUCUCAGCCCAAAGCAAUACUGUGUUACUGUCAUGGUUAUGGAGAUACUUGCACUUUUUUCUUUGAAGGAAUUGCUAGGAAGUUGGCAUCAAAUGGUUAUGGAGUUUUUGCAAUGGACUACCCUGGAUUUGGUCUUUCAGAAGGUCUCCAUUGCCAUAUUCCUAGCUUUGAAAGGCUCGUAGAUGAUGUCAUUGAGCAUUUUUCUAAUGUCAAAAAGCAACCCGAGUUCAAUAAUCUCCCAAGCUUUCUCUUCGGGCAGUCCAUGGGUGGAGCAGUAGCUCUUAAGAUUCACUUAAAACAAUCUAAUGAAUGGAAUGGUGCUGUCCUAGUUGCACCUAUGUGCAGAAUUGCAGAUGACAUGGCCCCACCAUGGCUACUAGCCCAAGUCCUAAUUGGUGUUGCUAAAUUCCUUCCAAAGCAGAAGUUGGUUCCACAAAAGAAUCUGGCUGAGGCAGCCUUCAAAGAAUUGAAGAAACGGGAACUGACAGCCUACAAUGUUAUUGCUUACAGGGAUAAACCUCGCCUGCAGACUGCCGUAGAAAUGCUCCGGACAACGCAAGAGAUAGAAAACCGAUUAGAGGAAGUCUCUCUUCCAUUAUUAAUCCUUCAUGGAGAAGCUGAUAUUGUGACUGACCCAUCUGUAAGUAAGGCGCUCUACGAGAAAGCUAGCAGUUCCGACAAGAAGCUAAUCAUGUACGAUGAUGCAUAUCAUUCCCUUCUGGAGGGUGAGCCAGAUGAUAUGAUACGUCAAGUUUUUGGGGACAUCAUAUCAUGGCUGGAUGAUCACAGCACAAAAUUUACAGCCGAUUAAACAUACUACUCAUUCAAUUAGUUUUCUUUUUCAAUAUUUUUCUUUUCUGAGGGAAGAAAAGGUGCACUUAUUACCUAAUCUUAAGCAAUUCUGUACUGAAUAUUGUGUUACAUCAUACCUACAAUUGGCAAUUUAAUAAAUGGUAUGUUGCUUCUUUA